AUGAUCCCGAUCACCUGCAACGCAGUGGGCGAUAUUCUCGCGUUAGCCACGCUCUUCCUCGACAUAGCCCGAGCUCUAGACGAAUCCCGCGGCUCUCCCGCCAAAUGGCGCGUUCUCAACUCAGAACUGAAGUCCUUGCAUAUUGUUCUGGCAUCUGUGGCCCGCGUUGCAGAGCAUACUACGGAUACGCUCCUUCGCGAGCAGAUCGUGCGCGAGGUCAAUCGGUGUAGUGAUGACGUGCGGCGUGCGCUUGAGCGCGUGGCAGAGUUUUCUAUGCUCGGGCACAAUGAGUCUCCCGAUGAUGUUUGCAGCAUUAGAAUCAAGCGUCAGUGGUACAAGCUGAAAUGGCGUUUUGGGUAUCACGGGAACGCAGAGAGCAUCCGUGCGGAGCUCGCAGCGGCGACACACCGUUUGACGGCCUACCUGGUCGUGUCCAAUGCCGAUAAGAUACACAGCUUGGGCGCGUCAAUCACGGAACAGUUCACUGCCACAUCCGCACAGAUCUGUACCUUGCUUCUACAGCAGUUCGAAGUUGCCGCAGUGCGCAAUGCUGAGCUUUCACGUACCGUACACGGUCAUACAGCAUCUCUACAAGGUCUUCAGCUCUCUUCUCAUCGUACUCUUGCAUACCCCGGCUCUUCCGUCGGGAGCAUCUUCCAUAAUCUUGACAGUAGCAAGGCUGCUGCCGCCGCUCUUCUCUGCCUCGCUAUAUGCACCAUGCACGAUACUUCGCGUGCCUUCCAUUCUGCGCUGCUACUAGCUGCUUUCGGCAUCUUGAUGAGUAACAUGAAACGAGAGACUUUGACUGUCGCAUCGGAUGUCCGAUACGGACAGCCCAACUCAGUUCUUCUGGACGAUGCGAUGGGCCGCCAAUUGGUGUUACCGAUUGAGCUAUGCGAAACCCGCGAGCUUCUUCAUGCAACCCUUGUCAACCUAUUCUCUCUAACGUCGGGUUCUUGGUUCAUAGAUUCGCGCAACUACAUGAUCACUAGAAGCAGGAAGUGGCUCUAUACACCGUGGGGUGAUUAUGUGGAUAGAUCACAGUGCAAUCCGGGCGACAAACUUGAGAUGACUGUCUGCAUGUCGGAUAAUGACGAACAAUCUAUCGAUACGUCUUCUCUUCAACGUGUACACGUUGCCGACGGGCUAUAUGCAGUCAUACAUUCAUUACUAACUGCGGCCCUGAGUUCGACAAUAGUAGAGGAGUCCUUCCGCUUGCCACCCACAAUCUUUCACCUCGAAACCGGAGCGCCGAAUCAGAGACAACCUUUCUCAAGACUGGGACUUCCCUAUCGAAUCCCAAAUCCUGUGUAG